AUGAAAGCAUUAUAUACUAAGUUAAAUAAGCCAGGCACAAAAGAACAAAUAUUAUAUGGUUCUACUUACAUGAGGUACCUAGAAUAGUCAGAUUCAUAGAGACAGAAAGUAGUAUAGUGGUUACCAGAAGGGAGGGGUGAUCACUAAUUAUCUAAUUAUUGUUUCGUGUGUACAGAGUUUCAGGUUAGGAUGAUGAAAAAGUUCUGGAGAUGGAUAGUGGUGGUGGUUGGACAACAAUGUGAAUGUACUAAUGCCACUAAACUAUACAUUUAAAAAUGAUUAAAAUGGUAAAUUUUAUCUUAUGCAUAAUUUAUCACAUACACAAAAAAGAUAGGCCUAGCAUGGAAACAAAUCUGUUGGUCAUGAGUCAGUAAAUGUUGCUGAAGCCAUCGUAGUGGGAUGUAGUUGCUCAAAAAGAAAAAAAUUACAGAUUAAGAGAAGAUGGUCAAUAACAGAAUCCUGACUUUAAGAAGGCAAGUGGAAAACAAUUCACUAAUGUUUUUGUUGCUGUUAUUAUUUGUUUUAGUGAUCAGAGGAUUAGAAUUAGAAAAAUGAAAGAGAAUUUUGAAGGAAGUCAAGGAAAUUGUCAGGAAUGGGGUUGUGAUACCUUUCUGAAAAGAAAUGUGAUGAACACAAAGAUCUUGGAUAUGCAUCAUCAUAACUAGAUCUGUAGGAUAAAAUCCCAGAGGUGGGAUUGCUCAAAGGAUAAAUGCAAAUGGAAUUUUGAAAGAUGCUGCCAAAUUGCCUUCCAAAUAGUUUGUACCAAUCGGCAGUCCCUCUAACAAGGUUCCUGGUUUCCUCCCCUUUGUCCUCCCUGACUAGAUUUGGGUCUCAGAAGCUCAGGUCCCCUCUGCACUGAGGAACCCACAAACCAAACUCAUGCCCGAAAAGCCAAAACGGCGACCCAGGAUGCCUGCGCACUCCUUGGGCGCAGUGACACUCCCAGAAGUCUCCGGGGUGUGACCAAGCGCAGGCUGUGAAGAAUCAAGACGAAUUUCAAACGACCCAUCCACCGCUUUUCCUGCUCCCUAACUACAUUUCCCAGAAGGCUCGCCUGUGCAAAUUAUCUCCCUUUGCGGACUAGUUCUUUUCUUCCAGAGCCUGUUCAACUCCAGGGGAUAGUAGGGCGGGUCCGGAAAGUCCAUUUUCAAACGCUUCAGAGUGAGCUUCUUUGGGAGUCACGGCCCGAGGCUGAGCCAGGCUCCGUGAGGCCUCCGAUGCGCGGUUUGAUGACGGAAUGCAAUCCUUUCGGCUGGGUCUCAGCUGAGCUCUGACAGGAAUCCGGGCGGCCGGCGGUCAUCUUGCUCACCACUGGGACGUCUCUGACUACACUUCCCAGAGGACUUAUCGGCAAGAACGUUAUUCUCGCUUGAAUUCAGCCUCAUAGUCACGCGCUGGCGGGACCCUCAGGUCUGCACGGGUGACUGUUCCAGUCCUGUGGAAGGUUGUGCUGCUUUGGAAGCUUGGAAGACCUGAAGGGCGGAACCAGAGGAGAGGGCGGGACAGGAGCCUCGGCUUUGUACCGCUGAGGGGCUCUGCCUUUUUCCAGAAGAGGAACCCAGAGGAAGACUGGUCCUUUUCUGCAAAUAUCAAAGCCAUGGCUCAGGAGUCAGUGAUGUUCAGUGAUGUGUCCAUAGACUUCUCUCAGGAGGAGUGGGAGUACCUGAAUGAUGAUCAGAGAGAUUUAUACAGAGAGGUGAUGUUGGAGAAUUACAGCAACCUGGUUUCAAUGGCAGGACAUUCUAUUUCUAAACCAGAUGUGAUCUCCUUCUUGGAGCAAGGGAAGGAACCCUGGUUGGUUGACAGAGAACUAACAAGAGACCAGUGGCCAGUCCUGGAGUCAAGAUGUGAGACCAAGAAAUUAUUUCUGAAGAAGGAAAUUUAUGAAAUAGAGUCAGCCCAGUGGGAGAUAAUGGAAAGACUUACAAGACAUGACCUUCAGUGCUCUAGUUUCAGAGAUGAUUGGGAAUGUAAUGGCCAGUUUGAGAAACAACAUGGCUCUCAGGAGGGACAUUUCAGUCAACUGAUAUUCACCCAUGAAGGCAUGCCCACUUUUAGUCAACAUCCAUCCUUUACAUUACAGCAAAUCAUUAGUAAUAAAGAGAAAUACUGUGCAACUAAGGAAUAUAGGAAAACCUUUAGACAUGACUCACAGCUUACCACCCAUCAGAUAAUUCAUACUGUUGAGAAACCCUAUGAAUGUAAGGAAUGUGGAAAGGCCUUUAGACAUCCCUCAAGACUCAGUCAUCAUCAGAAAAUUCAUACUGGCAAGAAACCCUUUGAAUGUAAGGAAUGUGGAAAAACCUUUAUUUGUGGCUCAGACCUUACUCGACAUCACCGAAUUCACACUGGUGAGAAACCCUAUGAAUGUAAGGAAUGUGGAAAGGCCUUUAGUAGUGGCUCCAACUUCACUCGACAUCAGAGAAUUCACACUGGUGAAAAGCCCUAUGAAUGUAAAGAAUGUGGGAAGGCCUUUAGUAGUGGCUCAAACUUUACUCAACAUCAGAGAAUUCAUACAGGGGAGAAACCCUAUGAAUGUAAGGAAUGUGGCAAUGCCUUUAGUCAGAGCUCACAACUUAUUAAACAUCAGAGAAUCCACACAGGUGAGAAACCCUAUGAAUGUAAGGAAUGUGAAAAGGCUUUUCGUUCUGGUUCAGACCUUACUCGACAUCAGAGAAUUCAUACUGGUGAGAAGCCCUAUGAAUGUAAGAUAUGUGGGAAAGCCUAUUCUCAGAGUUCACAACUUAUUAGUCAUCAUAGAAUUCAUACUAGUGAGAAACCCUAUGAAUAUAGGGAAUGUGGGAAGACCUUUAAUUAUGACUCACAGCUGAUUCAACAUCAAAAUUUGUACUGGUGAUAAAACAUAGAAUAUAUGAAAUGUGUGCAAAUGCUUUUAUUUACAGCUCAAAACUAUUAACAUCAACUAUUUAACAAAAGAGAAUUUAUCUCUAUAUUAAUCCCUCUAAAUAGAAUAAGGUAGAAACAUCUUAUUUGCUGACUACAGCUUGUUCAGCCCAAGAAAAAUCAUGUAGGAGAAACACCCUAUGAGUAGAAUACGUUUUGGAAGCCAUUUAAUAAAAGCCCCUAUUUCCCUUGCCAUCAGGUAAUUCAGUCUAGUAAAUACUCAAAAUGACAACAGCACUUCUGGCACCUUUCUAACCUUAUCUUAAACAUCGGAGAAUACAUGCUGAAAUGUAAUCCUGUGAUUUUCAUUUUAUUUUCCCCCCAAUUUGUCUAUAGUUGUAAUAUUCUUAAGCUUUUAAUCCAUUUAAAUUUAUAUAACUGUAAAGUCCAUCUGUGUAUAUCAUGGUUUAUAAAAUAUCUUUAUUUUUAAGAUACCUUUAAUACCCAAGAGCAGUGACCUCUUUAUUUUUGAAGAUAGCUUAUUCCUUUUGCUCUUUACAAAAUUUAGACUUUCUUGUUGUAGAAACGUUCGUGUAAUGACUUACCACUCAGUAAAUAGAGAUCCUUUACUAUCUUCAUGGUGUUUUCCUUGUGUUGCUGUAAUAUCAUUUCAUCAAAUCCCUAUUGAUAGACAUUGUAGUUUCCUCCAGUGUUUUUGCCAUUAUACACAGUGCCCUGAUGGGCAUUCUCCCUAGGUAUAUCUUUGUGUCAUGUCUUUUAUUUUAAUUACAGAAAUAAUGCCUCAAUAUAUAUUUUCCUUAUAAUAGGUUUAAACAUUACAAGUAAG